AUGGCUGAUCUCAACGGCGACGCCAUCCACGCUGGUAUGUCCAGGAACGAGCAGCAGCUUUUCAAUGCUGCUCAGCGGGCCUUCAGGUUGGCCUCGGCUGCAGCAGCCCUAGGGAAUCCGAUCGAUGACUUAUGUGAAAUGGUGGUUGACGUGUUCUCUGCUGAGAGGGCUCAGUUCAUGAACUUCGAUGACUUGCGAGACAAGGUUAACGCGCUCGCUGAAAGAAAGAAGCUCAGCGUUUUCACCACUGCCGAACUCAAUGGUGGUUUAGAAGACUUGCAGGAUGACCACAAGGCGGGUCCUCCUACGUCCGAAGCACGAGGAAUGGGAGUUGGUUUUGGUGUUCAUCAGCUCUGA